AUGGCACCACCCAAGCAACUCAUCACUACGCAUUUGGGCAAGAAUGGCCCCCAGGUCAGCCCCGUUGGGCUUCGACUCAUGGGAGCAAGCGGCAUGUACGGUAAUCCGGCAUCGGAUAAUGAGCGUCUGGCAUUUUUGGUGCCGCGUAUUAAAUGGGCGAGACGUUUUGGGAUACUGACUACAGCGGACAUAUACGGUGAUUCGGAGCAUCUCCUCGGCAAAUGGUUCGCCGCCAACCCCUCCAAACGGAAGGGCAUCUUCCUCACAACCAAGUUCGGUCAUCCGAAACGCGACCUAGCUAAUCUACAAGGCACUCGCGCCAUGAAUACAAACCCGGAAUAUUUCCAUGAUGCCCUCGAAGCUUCCCUGAAGCGUCUCGGCUUACCCUACAUCGACCUGUAUUACAUCCAUCGCCUUGAUCGAAAGACUAUCGAAGCAAUGAUUCAACACAAAAACGAGGGCAAGAUAAAAUACCUCGGCUUGAGCGAGUCUGACUCCUUGCGCCGCGCCCAUACCGUGCACCCGAUCUCCUGCGUACAGAUGGAAUACAACACAUUCUGCCUGGAUAUCGAGUCGCCAAAGUACAAGCUGCUUGAGACAGCUCGGGACCUUGGGGUUGCUAUUGUGGCGUAUAGUCCCCUGGGGAAUGGGUUGCUUAGUGGGACACUAUGGUCGAAGGAAGAUUUCACCAAACCUGGUGAUCUGCACGGUGGAAUGCCGUGGUUCAGUGACGACCAUUUUAAGACGAACUUGGCCAUUGUGGAUAAGAUUAGGGAGAUUGCUAAGGCGAAGGGUGUUACUGCGGCGCAAUUCACUCUUGCUUGGAUCCUGGCGCAGGGUGAGGACCUUUUUGCUAUCCUGGGGACAACUAAGGCGCACCGGGUUGCGGAGAACCUGGGUAGCCUGGAUAUCAUUGUAAAUCCGGAGCAGGGGAAGGUUGUUGGUGGGAGGUUUCCGGCGGCGAUUAUGGAGUAUUGCUUUGCGGAUACUCCUCCAUUGGAGGCGUAG